UCGCUGUAAACCUUGUAAGAUGAAUGGGAAGCGGCCAGCGGAGCCCGGCCAGGUCUGGGUAAGGAAGAAGGUAAAGAAGGAGGUGAUGGCAGCGUUUUCGAACGCUGUCACGGAAGAAGCCUUGAAAAAGCAGGUGGCUGAGGCCUGGAGCGGCAGGACGCCAUUCAGUCACGAAUCUAUUGUCAUGGACAUGGACCCUUUUCUUCACUGUGUGAUCCCAAACUUCAUCCAAAGUCAAGACUUCCUGGAAGGGCUUCAAAAGGAACUUUUGACCCUGGACUUCCAUGAAAAGUAUAACGAUUUAUAUAAGUUCCAACAGUCUGAUGAUUUGAAGAAAAGAAGAGAGCCUCAUAUCUCAGCUUUAAGGAAACUUCUGUUUGAAGAUUUCCGGGCCUGGCUUUCAGAUAUCUCUAACAUUACCCUGGAACCAACCAUUGACAUGUCCUGUGCUAAAUAUGAAUUCACUGAUGCCCUACUCUGCCAUGACGAUGAGCUGGAAGGGCGCCGGAUUGCCUUUAUUCUGUACCUGGUUCCUUCUUGGGACAGGAGCUUGGGGGGCACCUUGGACCUGUACAGUAUUGAUGAGCACGUGCAGCCGAAGCAGAUUGUCAAGUCUGUUAUCCCUUCGUGGAACAAACUGGUUUUCUUUGAAGUGUCUCCAGUAUCCUUUCACCAGGUGUCUGAAGUCCUUUCUGAAGAAAAGUCACGUUUGUCUAUAAGUGGCUGGUUUCAUGGUCCUUCAUUAACUAGGCCUCCCACUUACUUCGAACCCCUCAUACCUCGGAACCCUCACAUCCCACAAGAUCAUGAAAUUUUGUAUGAGUGGAUCAACCCUACUUAUUUGGACAUGGAUUACCAAGUUCAAAUUCAAGAAGAAUUUGAAGAAAGGUCUGAAAUUCUCCUGAAGGAGUUUCUUAAGCCUGAGAAAUUUGCAAAGGUCUGUGAGGCCUUGGAGAAAGGAGAUGUGGAGUGGAGUAGCCGUGGCCCCCCUAACAAAAGAUUUUAUGACAAGGCUGACGAGAAUAAGCUCCCUGGUAUACUGAAGGACUGCAUGGAGUUGUUUCGCUCCGAGGCGCUGUUCUUGCUGCUCUCCAACUUCACAGGCCUGAAACUUCACUUCUUGGCCCCUUCAGAAGAAGAUGAGAUUGAGGAUAAGAAAGAGGGAGAAGCAGCCUGUGCUGCUGAUAGCACUGAAGAAGGGACCAGCCAUACCUCUUCAGAACUUGAGAAUAACCAGGUAUCUGUUGUUAGCAACAGCCAGCAGAGCAGUGGACAAACACAUCCAGCCCCAGAGGAAGACAAAGCAGAGAAGGAGUCAAGUGUCCCCAUGUGUCAGGGGGAACUGAGGCGUUGGAAGACUGGCCAUUACACUUUGAUUCAUGACAACAGCAAAACUGAAUUUGCCUUGGAUUCAGUUCUCUACUGUGGCUGUGAAGGCUGGGAGCCAGAAUAUGGUGGCUUUACAUCCUACAUUGCCAAAGGUGAAGAUGAAGAGCUGCUAAUAGUGAAUCCAGAAAACAAUUCUUUGGCAUUGGUGUACAGAGAUAGAGAGACUCUGAAAUUUGUCAAGCAUAUUAAUCACCGAAGCCUAGAACAAAAGAAAACCUUCCCAAACAGAACGGGUUUCUGGGACUUUGCAUUUGUCUAUUAUGAAUAAUAGGACUGGACAAAGGUAACAAAAAAAGUGAUGCUUCCUCAGUGCUGGUAAGUAUGGAAGAGCUGUGCAUGGAGAGGAGGAAAGCUGCACGGAGGCCUGUCUGUUGCUGCUUUCAAAACUGGUUGUCCUUGCCAGUUGUAGGGGGGAUGUGUGUCUAAUCCCAACAUUUGGGAGGCUGAGACAGGAGGAUCUCAAGUUGUUGGCCAGCCUGGACCUUCAAAAACAACAACAAAAAAUACAGUUGUCCUUUAAUAAACUCAUAAUGAUUGUCUUCAAAGUAGACCUUGGGAUGGG